GUUUGUGUGUGUGUGUGUGUGGCUGCCGUAUUAUAUAACACGCCAUCGCAAACAUAAAAGAAGGCAACUUUUCGACUUUCAGUUAUAAUUAUAUCUGCGCCUAAUGCAGGACGACAAUUUCGUCCUUGAACGUCUGCUUGCCUGCCGUCUCUGCACGCACGAACAUUUCUCAUUGUUGUUGCCCUUCGCCACUGUUUUUGCUGUAACAAUGCUUGCUAUGCCAGUGUCAUCAAUAUUCGCCAGAUCGCGAAGUCCCGUGUAUUGGGCGUCAGGCGCUGACGAGCGUCACCAGUAAUAACGCCGAUGGCAUCGGCGACUAUGACUCGAGAAGAACCACUACUGUUACUAUACUACUGCUGCUGCUGGUGCUUUUACUGAUGGCCACGGCGGCAAACUUCGUUUCCGUCGGAAUCGUCUCCUCGCCCCACUUUGUAGCAUGGCCGUCCUAUGGUUUUAGCGCUCUAUGGAUCACAAAGAGUAACAACGUUGCCUCUGACUGGAGUAUGUGUGCACGCAAGUGUGUGUGAUGUCCAUCUGAUUGUCUGUUCCUCUGUCUGUUUGUGUGUAUGUACGUCUUCGUUUGCCGUCAUCGUCGUCUCGUAGUCGUUCGUGCAUUCGCUGCUGUUGCCGCCGCUUCAGCAAUGGAGGCAAAAUAUUACGAAACCUCAGCGAUUUCUGCACGCUCAUGGUGCGAUGCCAAAUGCGCGUUUACUGCUAGCACCACUUCACCGGCGCGGGUAGUGCCACAUGAACUGACUAAAAAAUAUGGCCAGUUAGCCAGCCAACCAAUCGUCAAGCACCAGCUGCGCGAAAACACAACGUCAGCCACAACAGCUACAGCCGCAGCCGUCGCCACGGUUGAAUUUAGUGCAAUAACUGCGGCAGCUGUGGCGGCGGCGACUACGACGACGCGCCGACGGUGGCGACGACCAACACCGCCAACGGCUGUAACCCCCCAACGCCAGCAGCGGCACUUAGUAGUACCACCAUAAUACAAUCAUUAUUUCUACAAGCUUAGUAUCCAACACUAACCAGUCGUAUGGGUGUUUUUGUUAUGUAAGCGAUUUGACCAUCUGCUACUGCUGUUGGAGCCUCUACGAUUAUAUCUAGAGACUGCUGAGUGACCACCAUGUGAGGUGAGGAUAUUGUGCACUGUGCUCCUACCGUCUGUAAUUGUCGCCUCAUGCGCGUAUCACCCUCUCAGAAAGAUAAACAGUCUCCCGUAAGAGACGAAAAACGGACAGAAACAACAACAACAACAACAACAACUGCACGUAUCAGCUGUAACAACUAUAGGAGCAUGACAGCUAUAGAGCACCAAAUAUGUCAUUGAACGUUGAACGAUCUGUGAUGAUAUCUAACAAUAAACAUAGUUCUGUCGCAACAGAAAGUGAUAGCAAGUUAGUUAAGAUAGCGUAGUAUUGAUGCGUCGGCCGCGUGUCCUCUUCUACUGCUGUCAUUUUCGGUGCAAUAGGCCAUUUCUGAAACAGGCCAGUGUCACCAUCUCGAACGCCCAUACUGCACGUAACAAUCACCACGAUGAGCUCCAAUCGAUCCGUACUACCUGUCUCAUACUUGGUGAUUACCUAUAGAUACGUUUAAAAGGUCGUUGGAGAAUCGCUCGCCAGAUCGGGGUGACUAAAAACUGAACAAAAAAUACAUACCGGAAAAAUAUCGCAGAGAGGUGACCAUCUUUACCUGUGUUAUCAAGAACUUUGGUUUAAUUAUUUAUACUGCUGUCGCGGGUGUCCGCUUGCAAGCACCUCACUGAAAAAUUCUGACGCUAGCGACCUACGGAUACGGUAAAGGGGAUACCAUUCUAUCUACUGCGUCGAAAAUGUCAGCCAACGACCAGGCAGCUUCUUCCCGCGCGAGUUUGAACCAAAAUGCUGAGAAUACCAUUUCCAGAAGUGACGCUGCUGGCGAUGGCAACGGCAGCGGCCGCAAUCAACCGAAAAUAUUCAACAUGGAGAUGCAUUUCAGCGCCCUCAAGGAGCCUCGAGGCUUCAUACGCAUUUUACAGGCGGUAUUUGCGAUAAUGGCUUUCUCUAUAACGGCAGGCUAUUCAACGACGGCCAAGAUUUUGAUUGAGUGCGCGGAGUUCAAAGCACAUGUGGACGUCAAGUUUGGAUAUCCUUUCAGAAUGGCGUACUUCCCAUUCGACGUGCCCAAAGAUUGUUCGUCAACUUCGAGAGUAGAUUCCCACACCGUGAUCCUGCCGUAUAAUCUGUCUUCUAAUCCAGAAUUUUUCGUGGCGUGCGGCGUACUUUCGUUCAUGUUUUGCUGCGCGGCUGUUGCAGUUUACGUCUUUCGAACGGCACUCUACCAGACCAAUCAGACCAUACCGAUCCUUGAUAUGGGUGUUACGGCCGUAUUCACGGUUUUCUGGUUUGCCGGAUCCUGCGCCUGGGCUCAAGGCGUCUCGGACGUUAAGUAUUACAUGAGUCCGGAUAAACUCAUAGAACGAAUCCCUGUGUGUGCCAACCUCACUGCGAUUAAUUGCUCCGCGGAAGAAUAUGGGAACUAUUCUUCGCUCAAUAUCUCAGUGCUUCUUGGCUUCACGAACGUGAUGCUGUGGGCGUUUGGGACGUGGUUCGUAUACAAGGACACAGCGUUCCAUCAACAGCACCAACUUCCGCCCGGCGUUCCCGGUUCACAGUAUCCCCCGGUGGGAAGCAACUAUCCUCCCCAGUCGCCUACUCAACCCCAGGGACAAUUCCAACAGCCACAAUACUAAGUUCAUUAAACUGAUUAACUAGUAACCGCAAUUCGCUGCGCCCAUAUUCGAGCAAUCUUUCGACAAGAACAAUAGCAAUAUUAACAACAACACAUAUACCAUAGACAUGCUCGCCGAUUACGCGCGUGUCAAGCAAAAAAAAAAAAAGGCUUCG